GCGUUUCUUCUCAUAUUCUAAUAGAUUAAAAACAGAAUGGAAUUAAAUAAUGAACUUGAAGAUAAUAAAAAGUGUUUCAAGAUUAGAGAGCAGCUAAUUGAUAACUUGCACAUAACUUACAACGAAUCAACAUCUAUGUUUGUUUUCUUCAAUAAGUACCAAAUAUUCGUAUACGAAAACCUUCAAUUUCAUAAUGUAGCUAGGAUAUUCGUUCCUGAGUUCCAAGUUCGUCAAAUUAUUGUCUCGAAUAACUAUUUAUUGUGUUUGGACUACAGUGGAAAUGUGCAUGUGAUUUCUUUGAAAUUCAAAAACGCUGCGCAAAAAAGAUUCAAAAGUGCAUUCCAGCCGCGGGAACAAAACGUUUUACAUUGGCAGCAAUACGAUUCGGACAAUAUUAUAUGUUUGAAAUUGGAAUCUGAGGCUUAUUCACUAUGCCUGCACGAAAUUGGACCAGAUUUCCAAUCGAAAACAAAAGCUGCUCUAAGGCAAAAUAAAAACCACUGGCCUCCUCAAUCUGAAGGAAAAUAUCUACUCUGCUGUCAUCAAAUUAAAAAAGAGGACUUCAGAUUUAUUGUUGAAACCUUACAAUCUCCUGUAGAUACAUUUAGAGAUCACCAAUUAAUUAUCAUUUCCUUUGACAAACUUAAUGUCUAUGGUUGCUUAUUUAGUUCAAAAACAACAGAUACUGAAAUUGAACUAGUAAGGCUGUACUCUAGUCCUUCAGAAAUCUGUGAUAUUAAAAUUUUAGCAACAAUAAAUUUUGUAAAUAUAGUCAUUGGUUUAACAAUAGGCACUAUAGUGCGACUCUCAUGGAAAUACGAUUCAAAUGAAUCAGAAAUAAUUCAUCUUAACACGGCAUUAUCUAAAUUCCUUCCAUUAAAAAGUAAUAACACACUAAUAUACACUGACGGUCUAUCUUUAUGGAAAUCGGAAAACACAUUAUCAAGAGGACAAUUACAAUUUGAGCAAUUCUUUACGAAAAAUGUAAAAGAUUUUGUUAAAUUCAGAGAUCAUAUCAUCUGUACAACAUAUUCCAAUAUGAUAUACAUAUUUCCAAUAGAACAUAAAAUAUCGGUGAUAAAACCCGCAGGUGAUGACGAAUAUUGUUCAGCAGAAAAGCUUUUCAACAAUUUGGAUAGUAUAGACCAACUUGUGAAGGAAACGAGGAGAAGUGAUGAUUUGUUGAAAAAAAUUCAUAAUGAAACCAAUUAUAUUACAAUAUUAACAUUCUCAAAACGACAAGACGUAAUGGAAAAUGUCAUACACCAAAAUAUAAUUGUAUACAACAACUAUAACAAUGCAAAGGCAGAAAAUUUAGACGUAAUAUUAACAGAAGAAAUGCAUGAAUACUUCAAAACUGAUAUUUUGAUAUUAAUCAAAAUUAAAGUACAAACAGAGCAAAAAACUUUGCAUCAAGUUUUAUCAAGUAUAUUCACUAAUUUAAAAGUCCAUAUUACGAUCAUUUCAAAAAACAAAGUUGUUAAAACUACAAGUGUAAAAUUAACUGAACCACUAAAAAAACUACACAUCUUAAUACCUAUAGACACAAAACAUAUAACUGGUAUUACUCAGUUAAAUAUACAUACUAAAAUUGUAUCUUCCAUUCCUGGUGUAAGAGAUGAAAAGCAAUAUCUGUGGAGUGUUAUAUGUAGUAAACAUGCAAUAUUACAUUCUGAGCAUUUUAUUAAAAGUCCCAUUGAAUAUAACAACAGCAUCAGCUUGAAAGAACCUGAAGAAUCAUUGGAAAAUUUAAUAAUCAAAGUUGCAAACAUGCAACAUGGAGAAGUGUUUAGAUUCAUUGAUAUUUCUACCUUAACCAACCCAAAAAACUAUACCAUGUAUGUAAAACUACCCUAUAAUUAUCGAGAAGCAAUGAAAUGUCAAGAAUUUUACAAAAAACGCUUCAGUUAUGAUAAAGCAAAGUACUUAUUUCAUCAAUUCAGUGCAGACAGUUUUUUACGUGGAAGAAAUUGUUUGUUCUUUGAAAUUGGGGAGGAAAAAGUCGAAUUUGAAAUUGUGAAUGAUAUAUCUUAUUCGGUGUUGAAUGUUUCAAGCAAUAAUAUUCAUGUGGCUUUUACAAUGAGGAAUUUUGCAGCCAGUCUUGUUUAUAAUGAAUUCAGAAACUUUAGCUCUGGGACGGAAUUUGUGAGCAAUGUUUUAUAUACAACUACUGAGAACUUACACAAAGCAAUAAAAGACGCCAUUACAAGCAACUCUCCCGCGCAGCUGAUGCCUUUGACGGAACAAUUUCAGAAAAACGUCAUUGGGGCUUUACCAUUUUGACACAGAUGCAGUAAUAAGCCCACUACUAAGGAGAAUAAUUAAUCUAAGAAAUUAAUUAAUUAUUAAGAGAAAUCAAUAAGAAAUACUGCAAUUACUGAAUACUGAAAAUGGGUUAUAAUACCAGACACCGUUCUUAUGCCUAACGCAAGGCUUAUACUAGCAAGAUGUGAUGAAUCAGUCUUAGCCAUACAAAAUAUAUAAACUCAAGAGAAACUCCAGAUCGUAACUCUGAAAAAGGUGAAAAAGACGAGUUACAUCUAGAUGGCGC